AUGUCUCUGCCUACCGUACGGUAUGGCAGGGCCGCGGGGCGAAUCCGGUCGGACUUGCCGGGCGAGGAGCCCGCGCGGUCCGUGCGCCGUGAAGCAGAGCGUGUGGGCAUCGCCUACCCUACUCCAGCGGGGUUGACCGUGGCUCAGUUUGAGCUGUUACUGAGCCCAUUCCGGGCGCCCGAGGCAGCUGCUACGUUGAUGGCGUCACUCUCGACCAACGCAACUAUAUCCUUACUGAGAGCUGCUCACGAGCUCGGGCGCGGUGCGGUCGUGCAUGUGGCGAAAGCUCGUUUAUGCUCCCUGUGGGACGACCGCCGCCUUCCUAUGGCCGAAUCAUACCAGACCGCCAACCUCGGAGGCAUCGGGCGCCACACACCCUCCCCUGAUGACGGUCCGCGUCCGUACACUGAAGCUCUCGCAGCGCUGCGUGCAGCCGAAGAGUUCGGCCUCCAGAGCGUCGCGAAGCGUGCUGCAUACGAGUUGACGUGCAGCGAGGACUUCUGGACCGCUCUCGUAACCGACCGCGCGAGUGUCGACAUCAGCCAGGACGUGCUGGUCGGCGUGUACAACAUGCGCACGAUGCUUAAAGCGCUCUGGGCCGAUGCGCUUCGUUCUCCGCCGCGCAUGCCGGGAUUGUACCAGUACGCGCACACAAGCUGUCACCCUUUGCUCCGACAGACACUCGGGCAGGGGUGUGCGCGUCGGGAGGGCGCGAAGCGCAUGGAAGCGUGGAGGGCGAUGCUGGAGGAUACUCGGCAACGCGCAGAGGGUGCAUGGGACCCCUUGCGCUACAACAUCUUCGCGCGCAUGGACGAGCUGCACCUGAAGCAAUGGUGUAGCUGCUGCAUUAGGGAGUGGGAGACCGACUUGAAGCGGCGGAGGGAAGAGUGGUGGACCCGUUGGAUGGGCCAGGUCUUCGUGUGA